GGAAAUGAUUCGUGAUCGUGAAAAUUGAAAUUGAAUUACAGAUUUUACGCCUUUAAUUUAAACAUCAAAGUGUUUCUUUAUGCAAAUAAGUUUAUUGAAGUAAUAUACAGAUUUAAACUAAAGUUGUCAAUAUCCUCAUACAACUCUAUUAUUAAUAACAAGGUGAUUAACUUUUAAAACCACCAGGCAACUUUCACAAAGUUAAAAUGAAGAAAAAGGUACUUUUAAUGGGUAAAAGUGGCUCAGGGAAAACAAGCAUGAGAUCCAUAAUAUUUGCCAACUACAUAGCAAGAGAUACUCGACGUUUAGGAGCUACAAUUGAUGUUGAACAUUCACAUGUCCGCUUCCUGGGUAACCUUGUCCUCAAUUUGUGGGACUGUGGAGGUCAAGAGGCCUUCAUGGAGAACUACUUUGCAUCCCAGAGAGACAAUAUAUUCAGGAAUGUGGAGGUUCUCAUUUACGUGUUUGAUGUUGAAAGCAGAGAGAUGGAGAAGGAUAUGCACUAUUACCAGUCAUGUUUGGAAGCCAUUUUACAGAAUUCUCCUGAAGCCCGCAUAUUCUGUCUGGUGCACAAAAUGGACUUGGCUCCAGAGGAACAGAGAGAUGAGAUCUUCCGAGAAAGGGAAGAGGAUCUCAAACGGCUGUCCAAACCAUUGGAAUGCACUUGCUUCAGAACCAGUAUAUGGGAUGAAACUUUAUACAAGGCGUGGUCAAGUAUAGUGUACAAGUUAAUACCUAAUGUUAAGGCACUAGAAUCUUCAUUAAGACAAUUUGCAUCGAUAGUUGAUGCAGAUGAGGUACUCCUGUUCGAGCGCGCGACUUUCCUCGUGGUGUCUCACUGCCAGAGGCGGCCGCAUCGUGACGCCCACCGCUUCGAGAAGGUCUCCAACAUCGUGAAACAGUUCAAGCUGUCCUGCUCAAAGCUGGCUGCGCAGUUCCAGAGCAUGGAGGUGCGCAACAGUGUUUUCGCUGCGUUCAUAGACGGGUUCACGAGCAACACUUACGUCAUGGUCGAGAUGUCAGACCCCAAGAUACCCUCCGAAGCAACCCUGAUCAACAUCAGAAACGCGCGGAAACACUUCGAGAAACUAGAGAAAGUCUCAUCAACCGCCUCACUAAACUACGAGUGAAAUAUGUAGUUAAUUUACGAGUGAACACGUCACCUCUGCGAGUGAUUUUGUCACUAAAAUACGAGUGGACACCUCACUUCUGCAAGUGAUCACGUCACUUAAAAACAAGUGAAUAUGUCGCUUAAAGGCGAGUAAGUAAACAAGCACUAAAAACGAGUGAACAUAUCACUUAGCUUCACUCGUAGCUUAUUAUAAUAGGUAAUUUUGUACGAAACAUAACAAGAGCGAAUUCUUGCCCGAAGGCACUUUAGCGUUUUAGGUAAUUUCAGAUUACAGAGAGUGCAAUUUAGACAUCAAAUGUCAUGAUUUAGUAAGAAUUGGUUCUUACGGGUAAUAAGUAAUCCUUGAAUUUUUGUACCCAAUUAUUAUCACAACUCAGCAUAUUUUAGUUGAUAAGUGAGUACAGCUUUUACAGGGUUACUUGUAAAUGUUAACUACCUCGCAUAGCUGUAGAUAUAAUACUAUAAAUUUUGUUCCCUGAGUUUUGACAUAAUCAGAAACUGAAUACAUUAAUUAAACAUGAGUUUGAUUGUACUGUAAUGUCGGGACAUUUGCAAGUCUGUUCAUACAAGCGACGACGAGACGAUGCGCUACGCGUAGAGUUAGGAACAUACCAACGUAUAAUUGAAUUGAUUUUUAUUUUUAUAUGAAAGUAAAAUGUUUUUGCUUUUGAUAUAUCAUCUAUCUAGUCUUGCGAAUUUGUUGAUGUUUUACAAGUAAACCUGUACAAAUAGAUUUUCGGAAGUGGUUGAAGAGUGAAAUGUUUAUAUUUUGAUGUGUAUAAUUGUAUCAAUUGAAGAGUCGUUCUAGUUUAAAAAAAUACGUUUCAAACGACUAUUUUGUAUUACCGUCUAUGCCUUAGUAAUGCAGUAAAUACGUGAUAGCGAUAUAAAAUACUCGUUUGACCAUUUAUUCUGAUUAAUUAUAAUAAAAAAUACUUUAUUAUAUUUUAGUUACUUAUAAAGACGGAAUAUUAGGCUAUAUUUUACUCACAAAAUUGUAUGUCAGUCCGAUUCCGAGAACAAUUAUAGAAACAGUGUUAAUAGAUAUAGUCAAACAUUAUAAAACGAAAUAAUAGGAAAGUACUCGUAUGAAGAAUGAUACUCCAGGAUUUAUAAAUAAAAAAAAUUAAAAAUACUGCCCAACCAUUAAAUCCGAUCAGCAUAUUUGACGAAAAAAUAAACUUAUUGCGCCGCCGUCUCACCAGCACAAUGUAUAGCCAUGGGUUAUACUAUAAAGAAAAGUUUUCUUAGUAGCUAAGCUAUAUUCUCCCUUUACAUGAGGUUAGAUUCACUCAAACAUGUCAAAAUGUUAUGCUUCGAAGAAGUUGUUCAUUAUUAAUUCUGAGACGGCAAUAGAUAAAGCCAAAUUGGAAGAGGGAAGCAUUCACGUCUUUUGGCUUGCUGUCCACUAGCGUAACAGAAAGCCCAAAUCCUGAUAUAUUUCUGUUUCUACUGUCUGUGAUGAUCAUACCAUAAGCUUAACGAUUUCACAUUUUUUUUAAAAACGCUAUUGCUCCACAUAAAAUUUUCGCGUUAUGUUAUUUUAGACUAAGAUUAAAGUUAUUUACAUUAAACAUUGUAACUUUGUAGGUUUAUUAUAAGACAAUAUGCAUGCGCUUGUUAAAUAUUUGCAUGAAUGUAUAUUUGAGGAAAUCCUACUUAGAUGAAUUUCAUCAUCGUGUGUAUUAGCAGUAUCAGGUCUUUGAAAAUCAUAAAUAUGUUCU